ACGAGUACGACGACACAAGGGCAUCAGUAAUCAACAUGAAAUAAUUAUACCACAUGAUCCACGAGGGAAUUAUACGUCAUACUACAUGAUUCAAGUCAUUCAGAAUUCCAGAAUAAAUUUGGAGCUAUUUAAAACCUUCCAUUUUAUUUUGCAGUAGUCCUAGUAGAUGUUCAUUCGAUUUUCACGGUUCUAGUAAUACAACAUGUUUACAAUGGAAGCUUGGUUGAAAAAAGACACGGCUACCCAGACGAAAAACUCGAUUGUAUAUAGAUUGACAGAUGAUGACGAUAAUACACAACGAAGGAGAUGUCCUGGAGAUCUAGAGCAGUUCUCACAAAACACAACGCUACAUGGGCUUACCUUUAUCACGAGUAAAGAUUCAUCAUUAGCCAGGAGGCUUGCUUGGAUGCUCAUUGUUACCAGCAUGAUGAUAGUGUUUAUCUAUCUUGGAAUAAUUCAUAACGUAUUGCGAUACUUGGACCGUCCGAUUAAUACAAUAGUCUCAAUGAACUAUGUCAAUGAUAUGGACUUUCCUGCUGUAACAAUCUGUAAUUAUAACCAAUGGAGAGCGUCAAUGGUAGGUCCUGAACUUGAAGACGUCGUGUACUGGUUGUCAACGUCAAGUAUCCACUACCCAAAUCAGACUAUAUUGGAUUACCUGAAAUCGAAAGAAGGUGAACUCGAUAAAAAAGUAAACAUAUUUAACAUGACACACCAGAUAGAAGAUAUGCUGCGUGAGUGCACAUGGAAACAAAUUGAGCGCUGCAGGGCGGAUGAUUUCACGCGCGUGCUCACAGGAUGGGGAGUGUGCUACACAUUCAACAACCCACAGAACAUGAACGAAGUACGCAAAGUUAAACAGUCCGGCAGUAAUUACGGGUUAUAUAUGCGAAUUAACAUCGAACAAGAUGAAUACUUUUUUGGGGAUAAUACUGGAGCCGGAUUAAGGAUUUUAGUUCACCAUCAAGGGCAACGACCAUUAGUAAAAUCUCUUGGUUUUUCCAUCUCGCCUGGAUUCGAAUCACACAUUGGAAUGAGACGUACAAAGGUAAUGAAUCUCGGGCAUCCAUACAAAUCUAAUUGCCGAACUAAGCCUUUGAAAUACUCACAGUACUCAGUACAAGCCUGCAACUACGAGUGUUACGUUGAUCACGUGGUUAAAACGUGUGGCUGUCAAGAUUACCGUAUGCCAGGAGAUGCGCGGAGGUGUAGCGCAUACGAAUCAAUAACUUGUGUUAAUAACGCAUCGUCGGAUUUCAUUAACAAAGAGAGGAAAUGUGACUGUCCAACAGCCUGUACGGUUAACAUUUAUAACGUAAGAGUUUCUUCCACGUACUGGCCAUCGACUCACGUCACGGAAAUCAAGGGAAUUACAGAUGUUGAAGCCAGGAAAAAUUACAUGGACGUGAAAAUAUAUUUUGAAGAGUUGAGUUUAGAGGAAAUCCAACAGAUUCCUGCAUAUGGCUUUGAAGCACUUUUAGGUGACAUUGGUGGGAUUAUGGGCCUACUUUGCGGAAUGAGUUUAACGACCGUGUUCGAAUUUCUUGACUUCUUUCUCUGUGCUGUCAUCAAGACGUGGAAACGAAGUUAAUUCCAACAACCGACAAUCUGCGAAAAUUGCAAUACACAAAUACAUAAAAAGAUAUCAACGAUGUAAAUACACUUAACUAUGACUUUUUCGUGGGUUUUGUAAGCCAAAGUAUCAGUUUGCUAUACCGAACUCUGCUGUAAUUAGAAAUCUACUUAUGAUUCUAUCCAGUAGGAGAUCAUUUUGCAAUACCAUUAAUGGGGUUGAUAAAUGGAGUUGACUACCUUAUUGGUUAAGAUGCUUGCGUUCCAAUCUCAUUGUACUGGGUUCAAUUCUUGUCUCGGUAACAAGGUUUGUUUUUCUCACAACCAAAAUAACUCCACUUCCUAAUCUCUAAUAAUGAUACUCAGUCUAAUGUAGAGUAUCUUGUGUGUAUAUUUGUCUUGUGACUUUAUUGCCACUUGGAAGUAUUAUGAAGUUCACUAUUUGGCAUAUCUUUGGCCCUAGUGCCUAAAGCUGAAUAAACAAAA